AUGUCAAACUCUGGCAGCAUCAGCGUCAGUCUCCAGUUCGACAAGUUCGUCCUGUCAGCGCCGCAGUCGCGUAGAGUUUAUUACAUCAAUUUGUGUGCGGCUCCCUUCCAGAAUCCCUCCGUAUCACUCUCCCAGUCAUGGACCCCGGUCUACAUCCCUCCCACGUACCUAAUAAUUGAUAUAUUAUAUAUACAUAUUCCUUUCAUCAAAAAGUGUCUUAAAAAACUCGAUUUACCAUAUAUUGCUGACCUUAUCGUUAAUAAAUGGGUUUCCCUGCUCUCAAGUCAACCAACCUUAUCGCUGUUUGCUGUGAGUUCUACCGGAAAAAGUGUAAACAACGACUUAGAGAAGCGCAUUUCCGAUGCCUUCUGUGUCUUUGAUCACCAUGGCGACAAGUUCAUUGAUGUCCGGGAAGUGGGCACGGUUCUCCGUCUUUUGGGCUGUGUGCCCACGGAGCAGGAGGUGAAUGAGGUGAUCUCUGCCACCGAAUCGGAGGAGACUAGCGGCGAAGUGCACUUGACCAAGUUUCUGCCCCAUGUCUCCCAGUUGCUUAUGGAAAGAAAAAUGGAGCCUGCACCGCCGGAGAAGAUUCUACAGGCCUUCAAGAUCCUGGAUCCGGAAAAUAAGGGAUAUCUGACCAAAGAGAGCUUUGGCAAGCUAAUGAUGGAGGAAGGCGAACCCUUUACCCAGGAGGAAAUGGAUGAGAUGUGGCCAGUGGCCAUAGAUCCCAUCAGCGGACACAUUCCCUAUGAGUUCUAUUUGAACCAAUUAAUGGUGUAUUUGUAAAGGAGAAAUUCAUUUGGAAGUGUUUCAGGCAAACAUAUCGGCCUGAUAAAUUCUUGUAUCGAUUAAUGGAUGUUAUUAAGACAUAAAUUACCAUGAAUGCCAUUUGUACGACGGAGCGUAAAAGCGGGGACCCCGCAAAAUCAUCAUCUUUGCUCAAUAUGUCACGAGCCUGCCCCUUUGCUGCACUGCGCCUGUUCCACGGCUUGGAGAUGGCGAUGGCGAUGGCGAUGCCAAUGGAGAUGGAUAUGGAAACUGGAGACUGGAGGGGAUGCCGGUGAGCAUCAAAGUGAUUAAUUAAAACAUUUUUGCAUAUUACAAGCAUUUCGACUUUGAACUUGAUGGCGGGUCUGUCUGCCGCGGCGAACACACAUU